AUGUUCCUCUUCCAUUUCCUCGACACCUCGAUCGCCUCGCCGAACGCAUCGAUCGUAAGCCCCGUCUGCCCUCCUACGCUUCCGUCCGGCGACACUCCAGACGACCGCUGUUGCCAUCUGCUGGCCUCCAGCACACCUCACACAAAGCGUUUAGCAUGUCGUCCGGCUCAACCCUUUCACCCCCCGCCAAAGGGCUUGCGGCUGCCAACCACUACUGGCGAACCAGAUCCUCCUGCCACAAAAGCAGUCAAUGGAAAGAAGCGCAAAGCAGAGACAGCAGUCAACACCACCAAGGUCACCAAACGCACACGCAAGACCACCGUGCAAGCUGAGACGGACGCCGACGUCGACGUCUCCGUGAACAAGCCAGCAGAGGCUGCAGAGGCUGCAAAGCCCAAGAAGCGAGCUCGAAAGGCCAAUGUCGAGGAAGAGACGGUCGAGAAUGAAGUCGUGAUUCAGGAAGGCGAGGAAGGCACCACUGUCAAGACGAAGCAGAAGAGAUCGCGCAAGAAGAAGGAUGAGAUAAUCCCUCCACUUGCAGACCGGACCGCUGGCAGUAAGCUCCGCGUAGGAGCUCACAGUCAGAGGACAUGGAAAAAUCCAGAACUCAACCCAGAGCAUGCAACGCUCUUCAUUGAUGGAUGCAAAAAUCACAGUAUUGAUGCUUCUGAAUGCUGCGUACCCCAUGGUUCCUACCUAGUCAACCUCGCGCACCCUGACGAAGAGCGCAAGAAGCAGGCGUACGAUUCAUUCCACGAUGACUUAACCCGCUGCCACAAGGCUGGUAUAAAGUAUUACAACUUUCACCCUGGAAACGCAGGUGCAACCACGCGCGAGGGCGGAAUUGAGCUAAUUGCGGAGGCCAUCAACAAAGCUCAUGAAGAUCCCGCAACUGGCGCAGUCGUGCCUCUAUUGGAGACCAUGGCCACAUUGGGUAACACCAUUGGCGGUCAAUUUAAGGACAUCGCAGAAAUCAUCGAAUUGGUCGAAGACAAACAUCGCAUCGGUGUCUGUCUAGACACCUGCCACGUCUUCGCGGCAGGAUACGAUCUACGGACACCCGAAGCCUACGAGAGAACCAUGAAGGAGUUUGACGAGACCAUCGGCUUGAAGUAUCUGAAGGCUCUACACGUCAAUGACAGCAAAGCUCCUCUAUACUCCUUCCGCGACCUGCAUGCUCGCAUCGGCACCGGAUACCUUGGCUUGCGUGCCUUCCACAACCUCGUCAACGACGAGCGUCUACAUGGCUUACCUAUGGUUCUCGAGACACCAAUCGACAAGAAAGAUGAAAACGGCAAGAAGUUCGAAGACAAGUCUGUCUGGGCUCGCGAGAUCAAGAUGCUGGAGCAGCUUGUCGGUAUGGACGUUGAGAGCGAUGAGUUCAAGAAGUGGGAGGCAGACCUCCAUGAGGAGGGUGCCAGCGAGCGAGAGCGGGUUGGCGAACAAGUAAAGAAGAGGGAGGAGAAGAAUGCCAAACCGAAGAAGAAGAGAGGCAAGAAGAAGGCUGAGAGCGAGGACGAAGAUGAGGACGAUGACGAGGAGUAG